GGUGAAAUGUGCGCUUAUGUGACCCUGAGAUGUUCUCGUCGUGUCGCGUGUCCAUCUAUCUCGGCCUCUUGGGUUUACUGCAUGCCGCUUAUUCUGCAACGCAGCGUAAGUAAUCUUAUCCAGUGAAAUGUUCUUCUUUUAUGAUUUUUUAUCAUGUGUAUUGUUUAGAUAGAUCGUAUCUGCGUCUGACGGAGCAAGAGUUCAAGUCGUUGCCAGCUGACAUUGUUUUGCAGACAAUAUUCUGCUUUGUGUUAGUCUGCAUUGGAAUUGUUGGUGCCGCCGGAAAGUUAAAAGAAAUUGAAGCGGCUGCAGAAUUCAGGGAUAAAUCUUGGGAUUCCUUGAGGAAUCGCGUAUCAUUCUACACUUUUAGCACUCGAAGUCUUUCAUUGAAGGAGUAUCGCACAAGUUCCAUCUAGCUUGCUCUUUGCACCAAUGGCGGCUGCUACUGUCACCUUGGGCCGUGGUCACACCAGUUCCGUUUACGCACUUAGCUUGUCAGACCGAUUGCUAGCAUCUGGAGGCGAAGAUGGCAGUCUAUGUUUCUGGUCUUUAGACCAAUCACCUUUUCCUGUACAUUACACUUGUCUUGCCGAACCCUGCUCUGCGGUUAAAUUUACCCCCUCCAACCAAAAUACCCUCUUCAGCGCGCACGGUCAAACCAUUUGCUUGUGGGAUUUGAGACAACUGCGUAACCCACUUUCCCAAUGGAACGUUAACGAAGAUGAAGUGAAUUCACUUGAUAUCCUCGAAACGGAGGCAUGUUUAGCUGCUGCUGACGAUACUGGAGCAGUAAAAAUCAUCAAUACAACUUCGGGAAGUAUUCUUCGCACGUUGAAGAAACACGAUAAUAUUUGCUCAGCGGCUGUUUUCCGUCCUCACAGGAGUUGGCAACUUGUUAGUGGUGGCUUGGAUUGCCGUCUCAUCGUUACGGAUUGGAAAGGUUCUGGACUAGGUGUCAUAGUCUUUGAAUUGGCCGAAAUUGUCAGCAACGGCAUGGUUGAAAAUCCAUCCCCCAUUGUUUACAAUCAAACGCAAGAUCCUUCUAGUGGCGACUCUGAUUCUUACGCCAGCACCAGCGAAUAUGCGGAAUUACAUUAUGAUACACUGAACGAGACUGAUAGUGAGAGUUCUGAUGAGGAGAUUUCGCUUCCUGCUUCGUCUGUUGCUCAUGAGUGCAAUACCGAAAGUGACUGUAGCUGGCUUCCACAAUUCCAAGCACCCUCUGGUGAGGCGGAUGGACGCAUGACUUCCGGUUCUGAUGUUUCUUCCCAAGCUGACGACUCG